AUACAUUGUUGGGUGCAUUUGACGACGAACAGUCAACGCGCGAGCAUACCGUGGAGUUCGGGUCGUUGACGUAUACGGAGGAAAGUCAAAAGAGAGAGAGAAAGAGAAGGGAGGCGGGUCAGAGAAGAGUACGAAAAGGAGCAGCCGCAGCGUUUUUCCGCUUCCGCGUGUAGCAGCGAGUAGAGCGUAUUCUUAUUCUUUCGCGCGCCGACGUCGCGUGUCGUACGAUUCAGUGAUCCACGAAGCUUACAGUGAGAGUGACGAAAAUGGUGUCCGGCGGCAUGGCUUGUGUCAAGUACCUGCUGUUCCUCUUCAACCUGAUAUUCGCGAUCACCGGCAUCGUAUUUAUUUCAGUGGGCGGUGUGAUUCUGGUUGUUUACAGCGGGUACAGCAACUUUGUGGAUAGUUGGUUCUUUGCAGCCCCACUCUUAAUGAUAGUGGUCGGUGUCAUAGUCUUCCUUGUAUCAUUCUUUGGAUGCUGCGGCGCUGUAAAAGAGAAUCAUUGCAUGAUAAUAACGUUCUCGGUUUUGCUGCUGCUGAUAUUUGCUCUGGAAUUGGGCGCUGGAAUCACAGGUUAUAUGAUGAGAGGAGAAGUCGCUAAUAUGUUAGAAAACCGUCUAAAUGGUACUUUGCGACAAUAUGAGCUUAAUCCGGAUAUUCGUCGUUCAUGGGACAUCAUGCAGCACGAUUUACAAUGCUGCGGUAUGAAUAGCCCUGCAGACUGGCCCCAUAUUGGUUUCCGUGAUAAUACUGUUCCCGAUUCCUGCUGCAAAGAGAUUCCUGCUCAAUCGCGUUGCGACUUGAAUUCCAUUCAUGUGUACAGUGACGGCUGCAUGAUAAAACUGCAAUCUGCUAUAGAAAAUAAUGCUAUGAUCCUGGGAGGAGUGGGCAUAGGGGUAGCCCUCAUACAAUUGAUUGGAGUAGUCUUUGCGUGCUGUCUGGCUCGCUCAAUUCGCCGCGAGUAUGAGACUGUCGAAACCACAGCACACUGAUCUGCCAUCAAUUAGGAGGCAUUUUUCAUAAUAUUGUUCAUCAUACAUUGAUUAAUAAAUACUUGUAGAUUCAUUACGACCGUAAUCAUUCUUAUUGUGCUUAAAUAUAUACUCAAAGAGGAAUGAUGUCACAAGUAUUUAGUGUACAGCGAUACCUUAAGUUAGUGACGUUUCGGUAUGUAUGUAUGUAAUCCAUGAAAUUACAUACUUUAGAGAGAACGCGAAUUAGCGUCUCUCUUUACUUCGCUUUUUCUUAUAAACUAAAAAAACAAACCGGAUAGCAAUAUAUGCAUUGAAUAUUAAUAUAUCCUGUUAAAUUUAACAUCAAAUUACUGCCAAUAUCUGCCAAAAAUAUAUAUAUCACAUGCAAUAUGAAAACAAAAAAAAAA